AUGCCUUACCCGGAUACUUCAUCUUUAGAUAACUUUCGCUGCCGAUUGAUUAACGAAGAGCUUUCUUACGACAGAACAGAGUUAGAAAAUGUUUAUCAAGGUCAGGUGAAUUUGUUAACGGAUGAACAACGUGCAGUAUAUGAAGAAAUUAUGAACGCAGUUGAUGGAGACAAUGGAGGAGUAUUUUUUGUUUACGGUUAUGGCGGGACUGGUAAAACAUUUUUAUGGAAAACAUUGUCUGCUGCAAUUAGGUCAAAAGGUGAGAUCGUAUUAAACGUUGCAUCUAGCGGAAUUGCAUCAUUGCUGUUGGAGGGAGGAAGAACGGCGCAUUCUAGGUUUCAUAUACCUUUGAAUCUUAAUGAGGAUUCCCAGACCAAACUUAUUAUAUGGGAUGAAGCUCCUAUGGUUCAUAAACAUGCAUUUGAGGCUUUGGAUAGAACUAUGCAUGACAUUUUCAAUAUAUCUAAUUCAUCCAGGUCUGAUGUUGUAUUUGGAGGAAAGGUAGUUGUAUUUGGUGGUGAUUUUAGGCAAAUAUUACCUGUUGUUCCAAACGGUGGACGACACGAAAUUGUGAAUGCCUCAUUAUGUUCGUCUUAUCUGUGGAGUAAGUGUAAGUUGUUGACGUUAACUAGAAACAUGAGGUUAACCGUUGGAAGACCAUCAUCUGAAGUUGAAGAGAUCAGUAAUUUUGCAAAAUGGUUGUUGGACGUUGGUGAAGGAAAUGUUGGUGGUUCCAAUGAUGGAGAAGCAAUAAUUGAAAUACCACCUGAGCUUUUAAUUGACAGCAUAUCUGAUCCAAUUUCUAGCCUGAUUGAUUUUGUCUAUCCGUCAAUCUUGGAGAACUACAAUGAUCGUAAUUACUUUAGUACCAGAGCUAUACUUGCGCCUAAGAAUGAGGUUGUUCACGAGGUUAACGACAGAUUGUUGGCAGUUUUCCCAGGUGAAGAAAAAGAGUAUCUUAGUUCUGACAGUCUAUGCCCUACUGAAGAUGGCAAUGCUGAUCAGCAAAAAAUAUACUCACCUGACGUGCUGAAUGGUCUUAAAGUGUCUGGUUUACCAAAUCAUAGGUUAGUGCUUAAAGUUGGUGUUCCAGUAAUGUUGUUGCGAAAUAUUGACCAACGAAAUGGUUUGUGUAACGGUACAAGGUUAAAGGUGACAAAACUUUACAGCCGUGUUAUUGAAGCUGAGAUAAUUUCAGGUGGAAAUAUUGCUGCUCGGACAUUCAUACCUAGAAUGAAUUUGGUACCUUCGGACAAAAAGAUUCCUUUUGCAUUUCAAAGGAGGCAAUUUCCAAUAACGGUAUGUUUUGCGAUGACGAUUAACAAAAGCCAGGGCCAGUCGCUAUCUAAGGUUGGUUUGUACUUAAGACAACCAGUUUUCACACAUGGUCAAUUGUACGUAGCUUUAUCCAGGGUUACAAGACGAGAUGGAAUCAAGUUACUAAUACUUGACAAUGAAGGCAGGCCUACAAAUAAAACAAUGAAUGUUGUAUACAAAGAUAUUCAAUGUAUUGUGAGGAUGGAACGUCUUGAAUUUGAAAUGUUUGCUAACGAAAUCCUAUCAAGGCUACCAACAAAGUGUGUUGCUCGAUUAAGAUGUGUUUCCAAACAAUGGCGAUACGAAUUGUCGUCACAUUUGUUUGCGAUUAUUCACUAUCGCCGUACCGCUAAAUAUGAGAUCAAAGAUGCAGUUGGGAUUUAUAUUGAUUCAUCUAACGAUGUUAAAAUAUUACUUCUCCAACGUCGUAAGGAUGAUGUUGUACCGCGUAUGUAUUCUCGGAACACAUGUGAAUGGAAAACUCUAACUUUCUUGAAAGGACCGGAUUAUGGUUCAAGUUUAUAUUGGUUGUCUUCCGGAACUUUAUGCAAUAAUGUUUUAUAUUUUCCAUCUCCACACUAUUGGACGCCUGCUAAAAGGUAUACGAUUGCUUUUGAUGUGGAUUCUGAAACUUUCUCGAAGGUUUCCAUACCACAAUGUACUGAUGUUAUUGGUCGCCAAAGCAGUUUUUUCAAAAUCCGCAACACACUUCAUAUGUUUAUUUUUGGAAACACCCCUGAAAAAAAAUGUGAAGCUAUUUAA